AUGGUCUAUGGAUUUGACACCAUUGAAUCAUCAGCUAAUCUCACGUGGACGCAAUGUUUCGAUGGUUUCGAAUGCUCCAAGCUGGAGGUUCCUUUGGAUUAUUCCAACAGGAAUCUUGGCACAACAUCAAUCGCCUUUCUUAAGCUGGCAGGCAAGAAUGCUACCGUCGAGUCCCCAAGCAUUGUCGUCAUUCCCGGUGGUCCGGGUGGCUCCGGCAUCGACCUUCUCCUCUCCUACCGGUCUCUGGCAGGGACAAUCUUCGGGGAGCAAUACAAUUUCAUCUCCUUUGACCCUCGUGGGGUGAACAACAGCGGUUUGACGCUCGACUGUUUUUCAGGCAACGCAGAAGCAAGAUUGGCCUUCAAUCGACUAUACAGCACAGGAGCUACCAAUGUUUCCUCAACAACGUUUCAGGAACAGUACUAUUCCGGGUCUAUCUACGGAGAGUGGUGCAACAAUGCCGUCGAACGUGAUUCACCUCAUGCAUACUAUGUGACCACGCCGGCGAGCGCUCACGAUCUGCUCACAUUUGUCGAGGCUCAGGCUGAGGCAACCGGCCAGCCACCAUCAGAUUCGAAACUAUGGGCUUACGGUGUCAGUUAUGGCACUGUCGUUGGCACCACUUUCGCUUCCAUGUUUCCUGACCGCGUUGGGAGAAUGAUACUCGACGGUGUCGUCAACGCUGACCAACAUUAUGAUAACGACCCCAGGGACGCCUCUGAUCAAAUGGACGAGGCCUUGGAGAAGUUUUCCAGCCUCUGCCACUCUGCAGGCCCUGAGGCGUGCUCCUUCUGGGGACCUACGCCGGGGAACAUCACCGCCAGACUGGACGACGUCAUCCUUCAGCUCCGUAACCAUCCGGUUCCCCUGAGCGGAGUUCAGAAUCAAGGUCUACCGGAGCUAGUCACCUAUUCAGACCUAAAGGCCCUUUUCAUCAACAGCGUCUACAACCCGCCCGCGGCUUUCCCGGUCAUGGCCGACAUCCUCCGCCAGAUCGAGGGUGGAGACGCGUCUGCUCUCGUGGGAAUGUUGGACGUUUUGAAGAUCAAAUCGGACACCCGUCUCACCAUCCAAUGCGUCGACUCAUAUCGGAGAAACAAGGCUGCUACAAUCGAAGAGUUCAAGGAUUUUGCCGAGUACACGGCUUCCCGCAGCAAGUACCUCGGCGACAUUUACCCCAACCUCAUUGGGGGCGUCGUUUGUUCUUCGUUCCGACCGCAAUUGCCUGAUAGCAUGAUUUUUCAAGGUCCAGUAGGGUCACCGGACAAGCCUACGUCCUUCCCAAUCUUGUUCACGAGUAACACCAUCGAUCCAAUAACGCCCCUUAUAUCGGCGCGCAAGAUGUCUGCUCAGUUUCCGGGGUCAGCCCUACUAUUACAAGAAGGUGUUGGUCACACGGUCAUGGCACUAGGGGCGUCAUCCUGUUACUUUGGCUUUAUCCAGGCAUAUUUUCAAGGCAUUCUUCCACCUUCCAACACCACUUGCCCACAGCAAUACGUCCCCUUCGGAGGAAGUACUGCAUAA